AUGGCUGAUCCCUAUUCCAAUUACUUCCACAACAAUGGCUCCUACAACAGCAACAGCAGCAAUUGGCACUUCAACCUCCCUCACCACACCAAUAAUUACCUCAACCAUCUCCACCACUUCUCCUCCACCACCUCAUCAUCAUCACCACCUUCUUCCUUCACUUAUAACUUCUUCUCCUCAGCACCAUCAUCAAGAGAUCACCAAUACAAUCGAUUCUACACCAGCAGCCAGCAGAAUCAGCAGCAGCAGUUUCAUCAUCAUGAAUACUCACCACCACCAUCACCUCCAAUCAGGGAAGCACUCCCACUGCUGGGCUGCCUCAGCCCAACAACAAGGCCCAUGGACCUGGACCAUCAUCAUCAGCUCAUCACAUCAUCAUCAUCAUGUGAUGAUGAUGAAGAAAAAGAUGGCACUGUUACUGUGGCUCUACAUUUAGGGCUUCCUAGCCCAAUAUCUUCCUCCACAACAGCAGCAACCACAGUGGAGAUUUCAGCUACUACUACAAUAUCAGCAGCAUUACUUAAUGAUAAUCAUAAUCAUGGUGGUGAUGAUGAUGAUGAUCAUUAUAGUAAUGGGAGUAGCAGUAACAAUAAUCAGGUGCAGCAGCUCCAUGGUAGUAAUUAUAAUAAUGGAGGAGGAGGAGGAGGGAUGAUGGUGAUAAACAGGAUAAACAGAGGACAGUACUGGAUCCCAACACCAGCCCAGAUCCUGAUUGGCCCAACUCAGUUCUCUUGCCCUCUUUGCUUCAAGACCUUCAACCGCUACAACAACAUGCAGAUGCACAUGUGGGGCCACGGGUCGCAGUACCGGAAGGGCCCGGAAUCCCUCCGCGGGACCCAGCCGACGGCGAUGCUCCGGCUGCCGUGCUACUGCUGCUCUCCGGGCUGCCGGAACAACAUCGACCACCCGCGCGGCGGCAAACCCUUGAAGGACUUCCGCACCCUGCAGACGCACUACAAGCGGAAGCACGGGAUCAAGCCCUUCAUGUGCCGGAAGUGCGCCAAGGCCUUCGCCGUCCGAGGCGACUGGCGGACCCACGAGAAGAACUGCGGCAAGCUCUGGUACUGCGUUUGUGGCUCCGAUUUCAAGCACAAGCGGUCGCUGAAAGACCACGUCCGGUCGUUCGGCGGCGGCCACGCCGCCUACGGGAUCGACACGUUUGGAGAGGAGGAAGAAGAUGGGAUGGAAGGUGAGUCGGACGUGGAGCAGCAGCAGCAGGAGGAUAACGAGUCAUAAUUAAGCGACACCCGUUUGAUCCUCCCAGAGGUACGAGGCUGCUGGCGACGAAAACCCGUUGGUGUCGAAUUGGUGGGGGUUGAAGUUACUGCGGAUAACAUUUAUCCGCCUUUUCGAGUUACAAGAUGAUAUUAAUCAUGAAGUUUGUUAGUGGAUGAAGUAGAAAUGUAUGAAAAUCGAAGUUGGUUAAUCGAAGAUUAGGAACUAUAAUGAAACAAGUUAUAUCGAUCGAUCGUCAAUGAAUUCGUGGC